UUUUCAGGAACUAAUGUAGUUACAGUCUGUAGGUUACAUAUGUACAAAUAUUAAACACUUACAGUAAAAGAUGCUAUAUGAGUGACUGUCGCCAUCUACUGUACAUAACUUGUAAGUGUCAUCAAUGCUCUCUAUUAAUCUUCUGCACAACUGGUUUACCUACAUAAGCAGAGCGGUUACCUGAUUGGCGCACGCGGCUAUCGUCUUUGUGUGCAUCACUGAUGAUUAUAGAUUAACAACAUUUAGAACCAUAACACGAUCACAUAAAGAUCGUUUCCCUUACCAAGACCGUCGACGCUGUGAGAAGCAAAUAUGACCAUAAGAAAUGUACGGGACCACGGACAGCGUUAUAAACCGCGUAUGGCAUGCCUGAAGAAGGUGGAGGCUGUGGUGUUGGAGAUGCAGGACCCUAAGACUGGAGUGAAAUCUCAAACCCAGAGGCUUGUUAUCACCACCAUCCCACAUGCCAUAACAGGAGAAGACAUUGUUGCUUGGCUUGCUAAUCGAUUUAGAAUAGACGCUCUGGAGGCCCUAGCUAUGGGUACCAUGAUGGUGGCUUUUGGGUACAUUUAUCCACUACAGGAUCACAAAAGACUUAUCCUUAAACCAGAUGCAUCUCUGUAUCGCUUUCAGACACCAUAUUUUUGGCCUGCACAGCAAUGGCCGGUUGAGGACACAGACUAUGCAAUAUAUUUGGCAAAGAGAAAUAUACGCAAGAAAGGGUUGUUGGAGUUGUAUGAACAGGAACAGUACAACAACCUUUAUAAAUGGAUGAACCACAAGUGGGACUUUAUUGUAAUGCAGGCCAAAGAGCAGUAUAGGGCAGGAAAGGAGAGAAAAAAGCCAGAUCGGGUGGUUUUUGAUUGUCAGGAACGAGCUUACUGGAUUGUGCAUCGGCCACCGCCAGGAACAGUUAGUGCCAUGGAUUAUGGACAUGACAGGAUGGUCGACCCUAAUGUGGAUGAGCAAAAUACAUCAGACUACUACAGAAGAAUCAUUAUGUUCACUCAGCAAUGUAUUAUGAGGCCCAGGGUGAAGUCAUCGGUGUCAAUUGGAGCACUUGUUAAAUACACAACUACAUAUAAAGAACACGACCCCUUCCUCCACUCCUCCCUGCCAAGCAACCCUUGGAUAACAGAUGAUGUUACGUAUUGGACCCUCAACAUGCCAAAUGUCGAAAUUCCUACUAAAAUGAGGGUUGAGCGCUGGACAUUCAGUUUUGGAGAACUGCUUUCUGACCCUCGUGGAAGGGCUGAUUUUCGUCUCUUUCUUAAGAAGGAGUUCAGUGGUGAAAAUCUUGCCUUCUGGGAGGCAUGUGAGGAUUUAAAAUGGGGUGCUGCAGAGACAAUGAAGGAAAAAGCUCAGCAAAUCUAUAAGACGUUUUUGGCUCGUGGAGCUCCUCGUUGGAUCAACAUUGAUGGGAAAACCAUGGACAUAACAGUCAAGGGUUUGGCCCACCCUCAUCGAUAUGUACUGGAUGCUGCCCAGACUCACAUUUACAUGCUCAUGAAAAAGGACUCAUAUGGGCGAUAUCUAAAGUCCCCAGUGUUCAAGGAAACCCAGAGAAGGGCCAUUGCUCCUGAAGCACACAGAUUUAGUGAUUCCCAGUUGGAGCAGAAUGCUAAGAGGAGGCGGCCCAGUCUGAGUCCAAUCAUUCUGAGACAGCAGGAGGAGGAGCAGAAGGCUAAACUGGCAGCCAGUGGCCCAGUCGACAUCACACAGCUGUGCCGGUUUACAGCACCUGUGCCUCACCUGGCAGUGUAUACUGGCAUUUGUGAAGCCCAGUCCACUGCCUCCCCUGGGCUCAUGACACUGCCCAACAGCGCUGCUUGUCCCUCACCCAUCAGCGUUGCCAUCGACAGCACUCCAGCCUCAGAGAGAAGGUUUGAUGGCAAUGGAGGGCCUUCCUCUUCCCAUUUCCCUUCUAUUGCAGAAGCCUCAGUAUCAGAGGAGGAUAACCAGACUCCUGCCCCCAAGUCUCGUAUGGCUCUGUCCCUUAGCAAGCUCCUCCGCAGAGGAUGCAAUGCCCCGUCUGUGUUUGCCAGCUUAUCCCCAAAAUGUGGUGUAACUUCAGGUGGUGGUAAAGUGCAGCCGCUCGGAGUGGAGCCAGUUGUACAGCCGCAGCCCAGAAGAAUCGCAAACUUUUUUCAAAUCAAAGUUGACAUCCCACCCGAAUGCCGUAUCUACCCCAUUGAUUCAGAAGAUGAGGAGGACGAUGGCCCAGAUACGGCACGAGGCGUGAAAGAAAUCAUCUGCCCAUGGGAAACAAUCACCAAACAAGAUGGAGCAGGGUAGAAAAAUCAUAAUACAUUCAUUGGAAAGGAAGGAAAUACAAUGAACCAACACUUGUGUCAUAAAUAUUUCGUCUUACAACCAUGAGAAGGCUGUGGUUAGUAAUGUAUGAAGCAACAUCACCACUAUUUGACUUGUCUGUUAUUUCUAAUAGCUUUUAGGUAGUGCCUAUGUAGCCAAUUGAAUGACUUGGUUAUAACAUGUUUCAGUGUUGGUUUUAUAUACGUAAAUUUGUUUUCUGAUGUCAGUUGUACUGUCAUUGAUCUUUUAUGACUAAGGGGCCUUAUUUGAAGAUUUUUUUAACCUGUCAUCUGUUUGUUUAGUGGUGCAAACCAAUAUUUUGUACUUGGCUUUUGUUCACUGUUUUAUAUAGCUACAAAAUAUAUGUAAAUGUGAACCGCUUUGAGAAAUGUUAUUUUCUUAGGAAGUAUAUCUAGUAAGGCAGUAAAACUGAAUGUGAAUACACAUUUGCUGUCUGAAUGUAUUAACUUUAAAAUGUUUACAGCUCACUUCAGAAUGUGAAUAUGUUCAUUACUCAUAUUUAACUUGUGUAAGUGCCUCAAUAAAUCAUUUAAAAGUUGGUUAUUUGAAUGUCUUGUUGAUACCAUAUAUUAUACAUGGUUACAUCAUUCAGUUUAAUGGAAUGAAGUUAAUAUUUUUUUAUUUAAUCUACUACAAGACUGUGAGAAAACCUGUCUUUAAAACCUUUUUAAAAAAAACUGUGUCUGAAACUAACUAUGGAUUAGGAGCCAUUUUUAAGUUUGAUUUUAACAAUUUAUUUUUAUUAUGAUUUCGAUCUUAUAAAGGCCUAUAUCAGUCUAUAUUACAGAUAUCAAUGUUAUACUUUUUUAAUGUAGGAUGAUUUGAUGUAGAAAACUAUAAAUCACAAAAAAUUCUUAGCAGUGGGUUUUAACAGCCAGGGUUACGUGGGACUUUUAUUUUAUAACAAACCAAUCUAAUUCUAGAUAUUCUUUUUAAUGACCAUUAUUAAAUG